AUGGCAAUGUUAAUUUGGGAGAAUGCAUUCAGGCGCUUACUUAUUCUGCUGAUUUUGUUGUUGUUUGCUCUGUUAUUACUUUACACAGACUAUAUCCAAGAAGUAAACUUUUAUCAAAAUAAGUUACAAUUGGGUGAGUUUAAGGUGAAUUUUGACACUUACAAGCUUUUGCAAGAGUCCAGCUUAUUAAGUCAACACCAGCUGAAAACUAUUAAUGCUAAGUUAGAAAGUGAAGCACACGAAAACAAAGGCAGUCAAAAUGAUAGAAAUGAUGCAACGACUAUAAUAAAGAGCAAGAGCAAAAAUAACGGAGACACUCACAAAGUUGACAAGCAAACAAGUUUAGAAACCAAUAUUCCUGUGAGCCUAGCUGAUGAUCUGCAAUAUUUCUCAUUGAAUCCACCUUUUCCCGAGAUAGAUUUGACCAGUAUAGGUCCAAUAUUUUUGGAAAAUGGACUAGCCCAUCUGUAUUGUGAAUACAGUUUUGAUACUAUCCGCUGCACAAUAGGAGGUAGAAUCCCUGCAGAAAAAAUAUAUUUUCCAACUGCUUAUUUCACUAAUCCUAAUUUUGAAAGUAUUGUGGUUUUUUUUGGCUGGAAAGAACUACUUAAGUUCUUCACAUUUUAUAGGCUCAGCAAUAAGAAAGAGCCAAAAGAUGAUGGGAACGUUGAGCAUAUAGGAUGGAUAGACGAACAGAUUUUGAAACCUAAUAUUAUGAAUAUUGAGUUGUUGACCAACUAUGUAAUGCUAUUUGGCUCAAACGGUACGAACAUGAAUUUAUUCAACGAUCCAACUGAUGUUUCCCCAGAAGUCGAAACAGAAACAGAUCUAAGUAUCAGCAAAAAGUUCAAGUAUUAUACCUUCAUCCAUACCCAAGUAUGUGUUUUAUACAUCCUAAUUUAUUUGAAGCUUGUGAACUUCAUCCUCUUUUCCUUUUCCCUUUUAUUUCACUUUAGUGUGCAUAUUCCGAUUUACAUUUUCAACUUUUUCAAGUAUGGAAAACAUAACGAUCAAUUAUCAGCUGAAAGUUAUCUAACGAGUGACGCCAGCAUGAAUGGAUUCGAGGAAUGGAUAAGCAAUAACGAGAAGGUGGAAGCAUUCUUGUUAAAUGGUGGUUUUUCUCCAACUGCCAUGCCAAAUUGUAGGUCAAAUCCUCAAUCUUUUCCUUGCUCUGGCGAUUCUGAGUUAAGAUUACGGAAGGUCUCAGCCGGAAGCCAAGCCACGUACAGCCAUAAUGACGGAUAUUCGACUGGUAUUGAGGAAUCUUUCAGUACAAGAGUACAAGAUGUUAGGAGACUUUAUGAGUGUGUUGCGGAAGAACCGAGAAGUUUAGCCUACUCGCCUCUUGUGCAAUCUAGUGCUUUAUCACAUUUACCGAUCAAGGAAUUUGCAGGUGAUAUUGAGAACCAAAUUCCAAGUGUAAGCUCCAACAAAUUCAGAGAAAGUGAGAACACAUUAAUCAGUGGAAAUACAUCGCUCCCAGAAGUCACACUGAACACAUCGUCGCUUAACGACUUGGUUGACAAGUACUACUUGUUUUACUUGUUGAUAUGUUUGUACUUCUUGAUGCAUUUGGUGGUUUACGAGAUUGUCAAUUUUAUAUCAUACAAUCUGAUUUCGGGCAUUUUCGAAGUGAUCAGAACUAGCGAUCCCAACAACUUGAAUGUCAAAGCUAAAUCUCUUUUUCAGAUCCCCAAAAUACUUAUAGAUCCAGCCACUCAUAGAAGCAGUAUAAUGAUUGGUAGCACCAGCAAAAGCGUAUUAACGCAUGGGAAUCAAAUUUUUGAUUCACUACUCAACAUUUUCGGCUGUGUCGUUAAUGUGAUUCUUGCUCUAUUAUUCCACAGCAUUUACACAUUCUGUAUUUAUACCUACACCAUCUCUAUCUACUGA